AGAUAGAUAGAUAGAUAGAUAGAUAGAUAGAUAAGUGUGUUUUGCUGACACAUUCAGCAUGUGAGCGUUAAUUCAUUGAAAACACGUGACGUCAGCGGUGAUCCCGGACUAACGGAGCCUGUCCCGCGCGCUGAGCUCGUGAUUCAGAGCGGGUUCGUGUCGUGUGGCAUCUCUCCCGGACGUGCUCCGGUAGUACGGCGACAGAACAUGGGGAACACGCCCGGUACGACUCUGGAGGAGCUGAGCGCCUGCGAGUCUCAUCAGUGGUACCGGAAGUUCAUGACCGAGUGUCCGUCCGGUCAGCUCACCUUCUACGAGUUCAAGAAGUUCUUCGGUCUGAAGAAUCUGUCCGAAACAUCCAACGAAUACGUCACGACCAUGUUCAAGACCUUCGACAUUAACGACGACGGCUGCAUUGAUUUCAUGGAGUACGUGGCCGCUCUGAGUCUGGUUCUGAAGGGUGGUGUUCAGCAGAAGCUGCGCUGGUACUUCAAGCUCUAUGACGUGGACGGCAGCGGAUGCAUUGACCGCGAGGAGCUGCUGCUCAUCUUCAAGGCCAUUCGAGCUAUUAAUGGAGUCGAGCAGGAGAUCUCUGCAGAAGAGUUUACAGACAUGGUGUUUGACAAGAUCGACCUCAAUGGAGAUGGUCAACUCUCUCUGGAUGAGUUUAUGGAGGGCAUUCAGGCAGACGAGGUUCUGUUGAAGAUGUUGACUCAGAGUUUGGACCUGACUCAUAUCGUCAAAAAAAUCUACAGCGAUAUCAAUUCUGACCAGCAGUGCCACUGAUCCCAGACCAGCUGAUGGUGAUGAAGAUGAGGGUGAUGAAGAUGAUGGCUGAUGUGCUGGUUCUGGAGAGGGUUUUUAGCAGUUUGUUUCUCCUGGUCUAUUUCUCAUCUUAAAAGCUGAACUUUACCAUUGAGUGAAGAGGUCUCAAUCCUCACCGCAUCAGAUUUUACCAGUAUUUACCGUGUUUUACUGUGUUACUCUCAGCUGGACUGAAUUUCAAAAGCCAACAGCAGAUUUUUCUCCUGUAAUCUCACAGAAUAAUGUUAGCUACAGAUAUUACAGCAAACCCUCAUCAAGUGCACUUAUACACACCAAAACCUUGAAUCAAAAUACAACACUCUUCAGUCCUGUGAUGUGUGUAUAUAUAAAGGGAAUAACAUGUUAUUUAUGUAAAUAUAUAUAUAUAUAUAUAUAUAUAUAUAUAUAUAUAUAUAUAUAUAUAUAUAUAUACAUAUAUAUAUAUAUAUAAUGCAGUAUUAUAUUCCAUAGAGUUCAUUUAUAAAGUUACUGUCAUUUUACUCUUGGAUUCCUUUUUCAAAAUAAAAGAUGAAACCUGUGCUUUGUGUGCAUAAUAAUAACUAUAAGCAACCUCAAAAUAUGUGACAUGAUCUAUUGGAUUGACUGCAAUUUUGUAUUUAUGCCACAAAUAUAUGUAACAAAAUGUGUAAAAUAAAACUAAUAAUCAGCUCCAUAUAAAAUACCAAUACAAA